GCUUGUUUUAUUGAAGAGCAGAAGAGUCGUUUCUUCCACGCUCAGACUAGGCAAAAAUGGGUGGCUCGCAUUCAACCAUUCAUCACCGUCAUCAUGGCUUUGAUGCAGACCGGGAUGCCAAGAAACUGCAUAAAGCCUGCAAAGGAGCAGGAACUGACGAAAAAACAGUUAUUGAAAUCUUGUCAAAUCGAACAUCGGAGCAGAGGCAACAGAUAAAACGGAAGUAUAAGGCUGCAUUUGGCAAGGACUUGGAAGAGGUGCUGAAGGGAGACCUAAGCGGGAAUUUCGAAAAGAGCGUGCUGGCCCUGCUGGAUCUUCCCUGCGAAUACGAGGCCCGAGAGCUUCGCAAAGCGAUGAAAGGCGCUGGGACGGACGAGUCGCUGCUGAUCGAGAUCCUCUGCACGCAAAACAACAAGCAAAUCGUAAGCAUAAAGGAGGCGUACAAAAGGCUCUUUGACAGGGAUCUAGAGGCUGACAUUAAAAGCGACACUGGUGGGUCCAUGAGGAAGAUAUUAGUCGCUGUGCUAGAGGCAAACCGAGAUGAGGACCAAGAGGUCAAUGCCGAGCUUGCUGGGCAGGAUGCCAGAGAGCUGUAUGAAGCAGGGGAAGGCCGCUGGGGAACGGACGAGCUGGCUUUCAACACGGUCUUAGCAAAGAGAAGCUAUCGGCAGCUGAGAGCUACUUUUGAAGCCUAUGAAAAGCUGCAUGGGAAAGACAUAGAAGAAGCCAUUAAAAGUGAAACUUCUGGAGAUCUGGAGAAGGCCUAUCUCACUCUUGUCAGCUGUGCCAAAGACUGCCAAGGUUACUUUGCUACACUUCUGCAUGAGUCGAUGAAAGGAGCUGGGACUGAUGAAGAGACUUUGAUUCGCAUCCUUGUGACCAGGGCUGAGAGUGACCUGCCAGCAAUAAAGGAGAAGUUCCAGCAGAAGUACAACAAGUCAUUAGCUGAAGCUGUCCAAUCUGAUACCUCUGGGGACUUCAGAAAGUUGCUGCUGGCUAUUAUACGCUAAAAAGCCAUCCAGAACAGAGAGGCAUGCUGAGCAGCCACCUCUUGAUUAGUUUCCAAAGUAGCAUCCAAAAAAUGUGGCAUUAGCAGAAAGAAAAAAAUCCAAUUUAUUUUCUUUCCAGCUGAGAAACAUGUUGCCAAGUAAUGCUGGACGUGAGGUUUAUGUUACGGGUAUCUUGCCAAAUGUCCUUAAGCAAUAAAGAUAUUUUAAAAAAAACUAAAUCUAAAUUGACCUCUUUGUGUUUGCGUAUGUGGAGGAAUCUUUAUCUUCUGACA